CAGGUGGGUUUAGUUAGGAUUGGUGGGCAUAACAUGCCAAAAUAGGUCAAACAGGUGCUGUUUGGAAGUCUAAUUUACAACAAUUAGCAGUUAAACCUACUUUAAUCUUGGCUUACUCAGCGCAGACGAAACUUCAAGUUUGAAUUAAUCUUGCUACGUUAUUGUUUUGUAUGACAAAGUUUAGUUGAAAAUGUGAGUAGAAGAAUUGAAGCUUAAUCGAGAGAGGAGUGUUGCAGUUGUAGAAUGGUGGCACUAACCCAUAGUUCUCUCAUAUAUUCUGAGAAUCUGACGCUUCCCACGUUUCAGGUAAUAGUGAUGAAUGCAAACAUGGGAUGUGCCCAAUGUCGACAAAGAGUCUCCCAAGUUACUUCCAAGAUAAAGGGACUGAGAGAGUAUACAGUGGAUGUCCCCAAUAAACAAGUGACUGUAAAAGGGGAUUUUGGAUUUGGUAGCAAACUCCACUAUCAUUCUCUUCAUCAGAGACAAACCAAGAGUGCGUGUUUCCCUUUCAAAUUCUUCUUCAAAUCUUUCAGGGCAUUUUGCUUCACCAAAACCUUUUGAGGAUUUAGCCAGUCAAUCAGAUUCUAUAGCCAUUUAAAUCAAGGAAAUUUUUAUUACAAGAAAAGAGAGAAAUUGCGGUGUAUAGUCAUGACUCGUGUGUAUUACAGGUUUCUUCCUGAUUCAUAAUAAUGAUGGUAAUCUUAAUGUUGGAAAGAAGUAAAUCUUUAUAAAUGAAUUCACAAAA